CUGAAUUCUGAUGACAUAAAACAACAACAAAACAACAAGGUUGUUUUUCUUUUUAAUUAAUUAGGAUUCUAAGUGACCCAGAGGAGCAGGUGGACCUGAAAUCAAUUGACUGAACCUGUUGGCUUACCUGAACUACCACCCGGACUCCUGGCAAGUGGUUGUAUGAUUGCGGUAUCGGGCGGAAUCCCGUCGAGAAAUCGCCGCUGGACAGGAUGUACAAGAUCCUGGGAUUCGGUUGCUCCGGCAUUAGCCUACGGUUGGCUUCCGUCCGGAGAUGCAAUGCCCGUUUGCUGAGCGGUAAUGCUGCCACGGAUCCGUCGGACGAGCAGGUGCUGCGGAAGCGCAAGUUCCAGCCCUCGAAGGCCCCUGAUCUGCGGGAGGAGUUAGCCGGCCAGCUGCCAUCCCAAGCGCGGGUGGUCAUUUGCGGUGGCGGCAUCACUGGCGCCUCGGUGGCCUACCAUCUGGGCCUGGCCGGCUGGGGCGGGGAGACGCUGCUGGUGGAACAGGAUCGGGUGGGCGGAGAGCUGCCCUGGAGCGCCUGCGGCCUGGCCGGACGCUUCGAGCCCAGCUACACGGAGCUGAAGUUGGCAGAGUAUUCCAUCGAUCUCAUCAAGAACCUGGCCGAGCGGGGCCUGCCCACCGGCUGGCGUCAAGUAGGCAGCUUGAAUCUGGCCCGCAGCUUCGACCGGAUGACCUCCUUCAACCGGAUGAAGUCCCAGGCCGUCGCCUGGGGCAUGCACUGCGAGAUUCUCUCGCCGGAGCAGUGCAAACAGCACUGCGACCUCCUCUCGCUGGACGGUAUCGAGGGCGGCCUGUGGAUACCCGAGGACGGCGUCUGUGAUCCGCAUUUGGUGUGCCACGCCUACAUGGAGGAGGCCCGCCGGUUGGGGGUCCGUGUCGUGGAGCACUGUGCCAUCAAGAAGAUCCAGAGCGAGCACGGCAAGGUGAAGCGCGUGGAGACGACGGCCGGAGACAUCGACUGCGAGUACUUCAUCAACUGCACCGGUUUCUGGGCCCGCGAAGUGGGCACUCUGUCCAAGCCGGUGGUCAAGGUGCCCCUGAAAGCAGUGGAACAUCAUUACCUUCACACCAAACCCAUCGACGGACUCAGUCCGGAUACACCGUUUGUGCGCGACUUCGACGGUCGCAUCUUCUUCCGGGAAUGCGAGGGCCACAUCCUGGCCGGCGGCUUCGAGCGGGAAGCCAAAAUGGUCUACGAAGACGGGGUCAUACCGCUGUCCCAGACGGCACGUCAGCAUCCGCCGGAUUGGGAUCAUUUCCACGAACUGCUGGACGCCCUGCUGCUGCGGGUGCCCAGCUUCCGGGAGGCCAAGCUGGACAGGCUGACCAAUUCCCUGCAGGUCUUCUCGCCGGACUGUAAGUGGAUACUGGGCGAGGCGCCGGAGAUACAGAACUACUACGUGGCAGCCGGCAACAAGACCAUGGGCGUCUCUGCCUCCGGCGGCAUUGGACGCGUACUCACCGACAUGAUAACCAAAGGAUCCACCUACCUGGACUUGCAUAUCCUGGACAUCAGCAGGUUCCUGGGGCUUCAUAACAACCGCAAGUUCCUCAGAGAUCGCUGCAAAGAGGCGCCCGGCAAGCACUUCGAGAUCAACUAUCCCUUCGAGGAGUUCCAGACGGGCAGGAAUCUGCGCAUGUCGCCCAUCUAUCCGCAGCUGAAGGAGGCCGGUGCCGUUUUCGGCCAAUCGAUGGGCUACGAAAGGCCCAACUACUUCGAUCAGAACGACAAGAAGGAUGAGUUCGGUUUACCUCGCUUCCGGAUCGCCCAGACCCGGACCUUUGGGAAGCCCCCCUGGUUCGAUCAUGUGGCCUCCGAGUACCGCGCCUGCCGCGAGAGAAUAGGCAUCGCCGAUUACAGUUCCUUUACCAAAUACGACUUCUGGUCGAAGGGCAACGAGGUGGUGGAACUGCUCCAGUACCUCUGCUCCAACGACGUGGACGUGGCCGUCGGUUCCAUCAUCCAUACGGGCAUGCAGAAUCCCAAUGGCGGCUACGAGAACGACUGCUCCCUGGCCAGGCUGUCGGAGAAACACUACAUGAUGAUUGCCCCCACCAUCCAGCAGACUAGGUCCAUGUGCUGGAUCAGGAAGCACAUGCCCGCCCACCUGAGGGCCAAGGUGAACGUGGCGGAUGUGACCUCCAUGUACACAGCCAUUUGCAUCCUGGGGCCCUACUCGCGCAUCCUACUCUCCGAGCUAACUGACACGGAUCUCACGCCCAAGAGCUUCCCCUUCUUCACCUACAAGGAACUGGAUGUGGGCUUGGCGGAUGGCAUUCGGGUUCUGAACAUCACCCACACCGGAGAACUGGGCUAUGUCCUCUACAUACCCAACGAAUAUGCCCUCCAUGUCUACUCCAGACUCUACCAGGCGGGUCAGAAGUUCAACAUCCAGCAUGCUGGCUACUAUGCCACGCGUGCCUUGAGAAUUGAAAAGUUCUAUGCCUUCUGGGGCCAGGAUCUGGACACCUUCACCACGCCCCUGGAGUGUGGGCGCAGCUGGCGGGUGAAGUUCAAUAAACCCAUUGACUUCAUUGGACGCAGUGCUUUGCUGAAACAGCGGGAGGAGGGCGUCAAGCGAAUGUAUGUCCAGUUGCUGCUGAACGACCACGACCACGAGGUGGACAUGUGGUGCUGGGGCGGAGAGCCCAUCUAUCGGGAUGGUGUCUAUGUGGGCAUGACCACCACCACUGGGUACGGAUACACGUUCGAGAAGCAGGUCUGUCUGGGAUUCGUGCGAAAUUUCGAUGUCGACGGCAAGGAGCUGCCGGUGACCAACGAGUACGUGCUCUCCGGCCACUACGAAGUGGAGGUGGCAGGCGUGCGGUUCGAGGCCAAGGUCAACCUGCAUUCACCCAACCUGCCCACCAAGUUUCCGGAUCGCGAACGCGAAGCCUACCAUGCCACGCGCGACAAACCGGAUCAGGCGGAUCUUUUAUCCUUCGCUGGCCCCACCAUGGUCACUGGCACCGGCAUUCAAACGGGCAGCCAGUGAGCCAUGGGGAGGUGGAUCCGGAGCUGAGCUCCGUCGCCUGAAAUUUUUGAAUUGGCUGUGCCAAGCGAAGCAGCUCAUAGCGAGAGUCUCAAAGCGAUAUUAUUCGAUUUAGUCAAAAAAAAGGAGGAAAUUGGAGGGAAUAUAUACACCAAGUCUAGCAGAGCUACUUCUCCUGGGGUUUAUGGGAAAGAACUACUUAAUGAGGUGGCUCUGCUGCUCUAUAACGAGUGAGAAACAAGUACUUGUUCGGCUCAUAGAACUCAAAAACUUUAAACGAAAAGCCUUUCUCGGUUUACGGCCAAUAAAUAAUUAAUAAUUAAAUGUGAUUACGAAAUUUGGAAGGACAUUUUUGAAUGAAUCCUGCUUUUGAUAUAGAAAACAUAAAACCGAAAAAGGCUGAUGAAUAAAUAUUUAUGAUUGUUUCAGUUUUGUUUUUUAUGUAAACAUCGUUGUCAAUUAACCAAUAUAUGAUAUAAUAUAUGAUACGAUAUAAUAUAUUAUAUAACUAAGAAUCUUCCGUGAUAUUUGGAAUGUUUUUGUUUAAAAACUAAACUGGCACAAAUCGAAAAUGUUGGAAAUGUUUGCUCAACCAAAAAUGCUUUUCAUCGUUUAUAGAUAUAAAGAAAAAAAUAACAAAAAAUUGGAAAACUUUAGCAAAGUUUUGAUAAAGUUUUUUAAAAGAAUUUUUGAAAUAUUCUGGAUUCUGGAUCUAUAUAUUUUUGUUUUUUUUUUUGUACUACUAACCCAGACGAUUUGACUUUGUAAACCAUAUAUACAUAUAUUCUAGUAAAAUAUUUAUACAAAAAAGAA